AUUCGCUUAGCCAUGCUUCCAAGCAAAUGUUGGCCAGCCUUACUCCAAGACACCGGCUUCCUUAGAUACUUUAACUUAUAAGUAUUUAUUAAUUUGAAGUUUGUAGUGUUUUGUAAAUUAAAUAAAGUGCAGUGUUCAAUUGUGUUUGCAUUGUACGAGUAUUAAGGAUACACUUACAUUGAGAACUGGUAAACAAUGAAGUCUCUAGUCCUGCUACUGACGACAUGCUCGUGUCUAGUGUCGAGUAUUCCGCCUCCACACCCUGAUGUCCUGGCGGUGCGGCAGGAGGAAGACCGUCUCCAUCCAAUACUGAAGAGUCCAGCGCUACGGAACCCGCACUUACAGCAAGUCUUGCCUCUAACCAGCCUCUUACAUAAAGGAGAGAAACUCGUUUACGCACGCGACGCUCAUGAUGUGCCACGGAAGGAGAUCUACAAGAUCCUCACACACGCGGGUCUGAUUCCUCGGAAGAGGUUCCCAUCACCAUCAGAAUACAGCCAUGGCCAUAGGUUCAACCAUAUUCCCAUCUCCUUUCCUGAAAAAUGGAGUGAAGCGGAGUUUUCCUCGGCAUUCGAUCAAGAAAUCUUGCAAUUCUUGUAGAUAAAAUAUGCGUCAGUUAACCUAAAGUGAUGUAUCUCAUGUGAUUAUUUUUGUGCAUGUAUUUUGUUUUGUGUUAUGAUCUUCGUGCCUACCGAUGAUUUAGUUAUUAUUAAUUGAUUUUUUAAAUUAAAUUAGACUAAACCAAAUUAUAUUAAAAGUUCUAUACUUGGUUGUUGUGUAUGUUAAAAAUUAUAUUAUUGGAUGAAAAACAUUUCCAUGUCUCGCCAUUUUAUUGUAGGUUAAAUAAGUAUGAGGGCCUAUUAGGGUUCCAAAGUGGGGUAAACGCGAACGCGGGGUAAACCCGAACCCAAUAGUUUUAAUAUGUUAGAAAGAUAUAGCCGUAUAUCACUCGCCGGUAACUCAGAGAUCACGCCACCACCAGCGCCAGACAAUGACACGGGAGACGCGGACGCACGUACUUUUCAAGGUAUGUCAAUUUUAAUAUUUUCAAUGUUUUCGAUGUAAGUUUUUGAUAAAUUGAACUUGGUGUAGCUUUAUUUCUAUUGAGAAUAGUUAUUUAACCUUUACAUAGUGGGAAACUUACAUACUAACCAUUCAAAUGACAGUGACGCAUUUGAUAAAAGUUUUAUAAUCUAAAAUAUAUUUUCCAUUUUAUUUUUUUCGACCCGGUGGGGUAAAGGCGAACGCUGCAUGUGGGGUAAUCUCGAACGUUCGGCAUUACUCCUCUCUCCUUUUUUUGUUAGUUCCCUGUUCAUAUUUUAUUUCCAACUAGCCAUUGGCAAAUAGGGUAUAGUGUUUUCCAGUCUAUGUUGAUUUC